AUGUCUAGUGCAGAUCCUCGAAGGACUUCACGAAAGCGUGCUCGUGAAGGAACUUUCAUAGACAACCACAACCCUUCCUUUCCAGAUGAACUCUCCCUUGAAUCUCCGGUUGUAUCCCCCUGCAUUACCAACUCAGCUCAACACCGUCUCCAAACUAAUGUGCACUUUAAGUCCAGAUCACUAUCGACUAGUCUGAAAAGGAUUCAGAAAGAGUUGGCUGAUAUAAUGUCCGAUCCACCACCGAACUGCAGGUAUCUUCUUCUAGUUCCGCUCUACUUUAGCGCUGUUCCUCGUGGUGAUAAUCUAUUUGAAUGGGUGUCUACUUUGCUCGGACCCCCGGGUUCUGUGUACGAAGGAGGGAUAUUCUUUCUCGACAUACAUUUCUCACCAGAGUACCCGUUCAAACCCCCCAAAGUAACCUUCAAAACUCGGAUAUAUCACUGCAACAUUAACAGUCAAGGCGUCAUAUGCCUGGACAUAUUAAAGAAUAAUUGGUCUCCUGCAUUGACCAUAAGCAAGGUGCUUCUGUCAAUCUGCUCACUUCUGACCGAUUGCAACCCGGCCGAUCCAUUAGUCGGCUCAAUAGCUCAUCAGUACAUACACAAUCGAAGCGAGCACGACCGGAUAGCCCGACAGUGGACACAGAAAUAUGCUAAUUCCCCAGUGUACCCCGCAUCGCGACCUUCCGUUGCUGGUGACAAUUCCGUUCGCAACUGUGGCGGCGGAUCAUCUGGCACUCGUUCGCAGUAUUCUUCAUCGGCGCACUCCAACGACUCCUCUGCAGAGGUGACACUGUCCAUUUCUAGUCGAGAUGAAACUAAUAGUUUGUUGAGUGGCAACUCUAGCGCCGCAGCCAGUAGUGACGCUCGUAGUGACGAAGACGAGAGCACAGAGGAGAUUCUAGGCGAGGAUGACCAACGGAGCGCUGCGUCUUCUGAGGCCAUGCCAACCACACAAGCCAGCUAAAUCUCCUCUUUUCAACUAUCUCUCCUCUCUGUGUUUCAGCAUUGGAAUUCCACAGCAUUUCCUUGUUAUCAAACAAACAAAUGUGUAGUUGCGUUUCGUUCUUCUAUGGAUCUGCGGUGUAUGUGUUCUGACGCACCGGAAUGACUUCAUUCACUCUCCUCCUGUUGUGCCAAUCCCUAGGUUGUUUUGCCGAAGGGCGUGCUACUAGUACACAUAGCAACAGUAGUAUUCAACGCGCCGUCGCCCAUUGCAGCUGCUGGAGGCUAACCGAAACUUCUUUGAGCCAAUAUCUUGCUUCACAGGCAGUUGUUCUGUAUAAUUUGUCAGUUUAAGUUUGAUUCUUUUGUUUAUUUCGUUCACCCCGCUUCUAGUGGUGUCUAGUAUUCCGCACUUCACUCAGGUUGAUUAUCACUGAUAUUACUAACUGGAGAUGUCCACCACAGGGUGUGUAUGUGCGCUCUGAAGGCAUCAACACUAUCCAACCUUGUGGUGUAAUGUAUCUUUGUGUGUUUGUGAAUAUUGCCCUGUAAAUUCAUUAUUGAUUCAUGGUUUGGUUAAUCUCUGCAUCUGUCAUUAUGUCCGUUUAACCAAAUCUGUACUGAUAUUGUAUUCCGUUAUAGGUGUUUGCUAUCCUGUGUUUGUUGUCCUCUGAUCUUACCAGGUUCCUCUGCCCAGGCAAGGAUGACUAAGUGAAAGGGCGGAGCUAUAAGUUGUCGCAGUUGGGCUGCUAUGUCAUAUUCUCUAUUUACUCUGCUUCAUUUCUGGUCAGUC